AUGGCCGCCGCCGCCCGCAUGCUCAGACCUGCGCUGCCUGUGUCCCGGGGCCAGGCCUUGCCAGCCCCAGGGACAGAGGCACCCUACGCGGGCUUGCGCAGACUCGCGCAACGAUACGAGUACAAGGGCACUUCCUUUUCGGGCAUGGUGGAACUCCAUCCUCAGCGCCUGCUGACUCGGGAGGAGUUCAAGACGAACUUGCUGGCAGCACCAGGCGUGCUGAAGGUCGUGGACGCGAGCUCCAAGACCUCGCAGGGCAACCGAGGCGACCACGUCUUCGAGCAGAACCUGGAAGUCCACCUGCACCGCGAGCCCCAUGUAGCUAUGGAGUUCGAGAUCACGCGGAACAGCCACAUGAAGCACAUGGAGCGGCGCCCUUACACCGAGACAGCGAUGUUCAAGGACCCCCCCCCCCCCAAACGGCAUCACGCGGCGGCGUGGCGCGUGCUCUUGCGCGCCGUCAAGGGCCGGGAGCUCCUUCCACAGCAUGCCCGCGACUACUGCAAGAGCUGCCUGACGAGACACGGUACCUGGGAAGACGAC